AUGAUCUGCAGGGAUACGUUUGGCGGCGGCAGUCCCGCGGGCCCAUCACCAGGCCGGCGCGAAUACGAAAUUAUAUGCGCCCAGCUGGAGAACAUCUUGAGUGAGGCCUGCAGUGAGCCCCCCUCCAGCGAGCAUUGUGUGUUCAUCGAAAAGCGUAUUACUGAGCUCCAGGGCGCCCUUGAGGAGGCGGAGCACUGCAUUCGUGAGAAGCAGCGUCUUGCGAGGGAGGGACGGGAGAAGCGGCUUGCCGAUCUUCAGCUGCGUCGGCUGCAACUCUACGAGGAGAAGAUGGCUCAACUCAGGAAGGAGUUUGAGCGGCGACAAAAACUUGUCCUUGGACAGAUGGAGGAAAAACGUUUUUACUACAACCAAAGAAACGAAAUUGUGGGUGAGCGAAUAAAGUCGUACAAGAACUCCGCCCUGAAUGCACAGGCGGUGCUGGUUGAGAAGGCGGAGGCAGAACGCGAGAAGCGGGAGAAACGUCUAGCCCGCCUAAAAGAAGAGCGGGCACGCAGCAUCCAGAAACACAAAGAAAAGGCGCGGCUGCGUAUGGAGCACUCCCGCGAAGUUGUGAAGUACCGGAAGCAGGAGGAAGAGGCCGCAAGGCGUGAAAAAAGACUUGCGUAUAUGCGUCACGAGGAGGAGAUUGCAAAGCUACAGAUGGAGGCUGACGUGCCAUGGCAGCGAGAGAGCGGCACGCGCAACUUUGUGCGGUGUCUUUCUCACAACAGAAGCGCCACGGACGAUGGCGUCAGCAAGGCGACAACGCGGUACAAACCCCAUGAGGCGCUUGUGAAGGAGUUGAAGGAGAAGGAAGAGCGGCAGAAGGCGCGGUACGAAGAGGAGAAGGCUGCCCGAUUAUACGAAAUACAGCUUCGAGCCCACACACGCAAAAAUCGCAUUGAAAGACAGCGAGAAAAUUAUAUGGCUCUACUUGAUAAGCGAGUUCAGCGCAACGAAGAUAUCAUAAAGAUGGCACGUGAAAAAAGACGACGCGGUGAAGCUGCGAAGAGUAUUCGUGAGGCUCGAGGUCAAGGGGUGGGUGAAUCUGUUACGCGUGAUUUAGAAGAGCACCGUAAGCGAGCAGAGGACCUCGAGCUCCAGCGCCGCCAGGAGGCUCUGGUCAAAAACUAUUGUAGAUGGAACGAUCGGGCAAAUCGCGUCAUUAUGCAACUACAAAACGCCAUCCAAGCGGAUGAUAAAAUACGGCCUCUGAGGAAUCGAAAAGAAUUGUUUCUGCCAAGGAUACCCUUCGUUCACGGCCUAUGA